CGAGCCUCGUGUAAGAUGGGCCACAGGGUAAGCUCGAGCCCAAACAAGUUGUGGAUCACGACAUGACAUUCUCGUUCCAUCCAGAAGAAGAAGCUGAAGAGGGUAUAGUAGAGAUUUGAUUCAACGAAAAAGGAGAACCUCACCUGAAACUAAAUCGAAGCAGAGGAGAAGAAGGAACGAAGAUGGUGAAAGUUGCGACCUACUUCGCGAUGACGCUGGGAGCUUUCGUCUUCUGGCAAUCCAUGGACAAGGUCCAUGUCUGGAUCGCUCUCCGUCAAGACGAAAAGCAAGAGAGGUUGGAGCGGGAAGCGGAGAUCAGAAGGGUUAGAGAAGAAUUAUUGAAGCAGCAGGCCAAUCAGAAGGAUUCUCUUUCUUGAAUAGGAAAAUGUUGUAAUUUUGCUACCUUUUGCCAUGUAAUUUCCCUUGCUUUUGUUUUUACAAUGCAAUGUCUUGUGCUCAAAUAAAAUUUGGUACUCGAGAGCACUACAAAUUUAAUUGCGUGGAUUUCUAAUUUGUUCCUUUACACAUGUGCUUGUUUCAUAAAAUGCUACGAAUCAGUAAUUGUUGGAACGGACACAUUACUCAGGUUAUGAAGCUGAUAUUAAGGAAGUAGAUUGUUUGAUUCGGUCAUACCCGAACCUCUUA